AUGAAUAAUUCACGAAAGAGAGUAGUUGCUGCAGUCCCGACUCAUGAUGUGACCACAGUCCCUCCGAGGCCAGCCAGCCUAGAUUCAUCAGCAGUGAGUCAAUUCAACUAUGAUGAGGACGUUCAUAACCUCAACAAACUGACGGAAGAUAAUUCGAUAUUGGAGGAAGCGGCAGAAGUGAGCGUUAUUAUUGGCACUGUUGUUACCAAGCGAAUACCGUUUGUUUCAGUUCGCUAA